GAUGAAGGUGAUUCCAGAGGUGAUCAAGAUGACGGAGACGAUUCGGGAGGUGACGAAGGUGACUCUGAAGGUGAUGGAGACGGUUCGGAAAGCGAUGAAGGUGAUACCGAAGAUGAUAAGAACGGUUUUCUUUCAUUUUCUCAACGUGGCAUUAUCGAAUGCUUUUGUGCUGUAUCAAAGAGACCAUCCAGACGACAAUAUAAGAUAUUUGCAAUUUCUAGCUAA